CGUGACACCUUCUUUAUCGCGGUAGCAUAGAGAGCUCUGUGAACUGGCCAUUGUUGUGAGGAGCUUGAGAAUAAUCAUGGCGGACAAUUGUGUGUUGUGGGUCGGUGGUUUGGGCGAUAAAGUCACGGAAGAAUUGUUAUAUGAACUUUUUCUUCAGGCUGGCCCCUUGGACCGUGUCACCAUCCCAAAGGACAAGGAUGGACGCAACAAGAAGUUUGCCUUCAUCAACUUCCGGCACGAGGAAUCCGUGGCGUACACCAUGCAGCUGUACGAGGGCAUCCGACUGUUUGGCCAGUACCUGCGUCUACAGACAAGGUCAGGGUCGUCAUCCCUCCCCAGCAGCUCCUCCCCCCACAACAGCCCCUGCCCCUACAGCAGUCCCCAGUACGCCCCAGAGCAGCGGGACGCCUACCCCCGCGACACCGCACACCAACAUGGCGGUCGGUCCAACUACCACCGUUCUUCUUCUGGACCAAACACGGAACAGCAUGAACCGUUCCGUAGUCCACGGGAUCGGGAACACGGGUCAAGGCCGAAUGAGCCUCCGUCUCGGUACCAGCGAUCCCACACAUGGCACGGCAGCGCGGAUAAGAAUCAAGAUGAGCAUGGUGAUCGACAUUCCCGUCACUCGCCACAGUACCGCCCAGAGUCCCCACAAGUGUACCAGGGUGGGAGCCCCCAGUAUCACAACGACAACCUUGACAGCAUCGAUGUGCGCAGACAGCGCAUACUCCAACAGCAGAAUCUCAGCCUGGCCGUUAAUAGACAAGAUGGCCGUCAGCAUCGAGACUACGACCGCAUGCAGCCAUACCAGCGACCCCACAGCACCAGAAGACGAUAUUAGUUCUCAGCUGGGACUUGCAAUGAUUUGUAGGGACAGUAUCUGUUGCCAUGGUUUGUGGAGACAUUAUCUGUUGCCAUGGUUUGUGGAGACACUAUCUGUUGCCAUGGUUUGUGGAGACAUUAUCUGUUGCCAUGGUUUGUGGAGACAGUAUCUGUUGCCAUGGUUUGUGGAGACAAUAUCCAUUGCCAUGGUCUAUAGAGACGGAAGUUUCAGACAGUUGUGGUUCUGACUCUGGACUUGAUGGACUAGUGACUACCACGUCACAGUGUGUGUUGUUUUAUGUUUUAUAAAUAAUAAGUGUGUGUACAGUGAAACAGUACCAGUUGCCAUGGAGACAGUAUCGUGAGCUAAUUUCAAGUAUUGGCAAGGUUGAAUAACUCUACCAAAAUAUUAUCAUCGACCUCUCAUUUUGUACUUUGAAGUCUCUGCCUAAAGGAUGUUAGCUCACCUUACAGGGACGAGGGCAUCACUGACUGGAGGGGAUAUUCUGGGAGACAUGGAUUCCAUAUGCAGUUUCCAUGACAACCCUUAAUAAGUGUCAGGGACAGUUGAAGCUUUGACACACGUAGGAGUUAUGUCCAUCGAGACUUGGACUUCAGCAAGUAAUACACACAAGGGCCAUAAUCUCUUUGUGAUAAAAUGUCGUUCUAAAGAAAUCAAUGAUGAAGACGUAUUUUCAGUCAAAAGGAUAACUUUAGCAGCCGCGUAUGAAUGCACAAAACUCACACUCACUCAUCCUCCCGAGGCUAGAGAGUUCACUGACUUUAAAAGUCCAGUUUCCACCCUUGCCGAACUAGGCUGGAAUUCCUGGGCUCGAUCGUAGCGCCACCAGUGGCUAUUACUAGU